CGGUGGAGAGUGGAUGACGGCGGAAGUGGAAGGGUCACACCGCGCCUACACCGCCAAGGGACUCCGCUGCGGCACCCUCCACCACUUCUAUCUCACGGCUCAUAACCACAUCGGCACCAGCACAGCCUCGUCGACCGUGGAAGCCCGCACGAAGGGACGGCCCCCGGAGGCUCCCCCUCAGUUCCAGUUCGUGACGAGCAACAGUUCUCAAGCCACGCUGUACUUGGCCCAGUGGAGCGACGGCGGCUGCCCCAUCUCACACUACUCCGUGCAGUACCGUCUUGCUGGCAUGUCGCACGGGUGGUGGGUGGGCAGCGAGAUUCCCCCGAGCCGGACGUACGCGGUGGGCGGGCUGGACGCGGGCGAGCGCUACGAGCUGCGAGUCACCGCCUUCAACUCCGCGGGCGCCACCCCCGCCCAUUACAAGGUCAUCACGCCCGGGCGCGGAGGCACAGGUAUGGGCGUGAGCGCAGGGGGAGGAGUGUGGGGGGGAGCCGCCCCGACCUCCCCCGUGUGGCGCGACCCCCGAGUGCUCGUCCCCGCCGCCGUGUCCGCCCUGGCGCUGCUGCUCACCGUCACCACCGUCUGCGUCUGCCUCAGGAGACGUCCUAGUAACACCCCGCGGCAGAAGGAGGUUCCCGAAGGCGUCACCUCGUCAGGAGAGGAGAAGACGGCCAUGCAGGCGAGGGAGGACGUGUACACCACCGUCAGGAGGCCGCCCCCCGCCCCUCCGCAGUCCACGCCCGAACUCAGGGACCAUAACGGUAAGUCGCCCCCGAGUAACCCCUCUAACCACUACACAGGCGAGUACAGUGAGGAAGACAUCUACCCGUACGCCACAGCCACGUUCCAGCUGGGCGGAGGCAGCCCCCCGCCGCCCGCGCCGCCCUCGCCGCCCACGCACUCGCGCCCGCACUCCCGGGGACAGAACGGCUUCACGGCCCUGGUCUACCAAGCGCCGUCGCUGCAUGACGUGGACUCGCCCAACUUAAGCGAGAGGGAGUCGAGGCCGUCCCGCGGAGGAUUCCCCUACGAAGGAUCCGAGACUGAGGACUACGGCAGUGUGCUGGACGCCGAGGCCAGGGUCCCUCCCCACCACCGGCGACAGCGCCAUCUGAGGACCAGUAGGAUCCCCCGCAAUGUCAGGUUCCCCUAAGCUCCGACGUCCUCUUCCCCAACACCUUCACCAGCACACGCUCCGACCAGCCCGACAUCCAAGGCAGUGAUUGGGUACCGCGCAACAGAGGAAUUCGCAGCCCUCCUUCUGGUUUCUCCCCCAGCUCCCCAAGAAGAAAACUUUAGACCCAAGAACUCUCCUUUGAAAGCCAACUCCUUUGUGCCAUCGUCCUAACUCGCUUCAGAAAAUGAAAGAUAAACAAAGGAAUCAAAAUAUCAUGUCUUUAUGUUGCGUGAUAUCUAACAAUAUAACAACUCUUUAUUUUUUUUAUUAAUUCUCAUCUCGCUCUCACCAUAAUCAGAGCUUUAAAUGUCUUAUAACACAUGAGAUUUUGUUAAAUAAAUCUUAGAAAUGUCGAGAAAAAAGAUCUGCCUAAUAAAUCCAUCACUCUCUUCCCCCUCUCAUUUUUUCGUUUGUUUCAAAUGACAGAACCUCGGAAAAAAUGAAGCUCACCUUUUAUAACCUGGUUCACUGGCAUAUACCCUCAUUACACCCACCGUCUCCUCACACCAGACAGUCUAUUACACUGUACAUGUACUUCUCGUUGCUGCGCUUUGUCUUGUUCCCUUUCUUAAAGACCACCUUUUCAGCGCAUUAUAUCUUGCCUUUUAAAGCUGGCAUGAUUGGUUCUCGUUUUAUACCUUCAUUUGGUCAGAAAAAGCGUGACUGUUUACGGUUUUUCUACUUUCCAAACGCUCUAGGAUAGUGACUGUGCUUUGUAAGUUUUCUACUCGAUAGAUGUUGCAGACUUAAGUAUAAUAUACAUGUUGCGUCAUAUGUAUAGUCAUAUAUAUUUUUUCUCCCAUUUUUUGGAAACGGUGCCAAUAAUGAGGUUUUUUAAUACUCCGAGUAAAAUGUGAUGACGGUGAUGACUUAAAUAUAUUGUGAUGUGCCAACGUUUGCAGAAACAGCUGUGUCUGAACUGUGUGGCGAAUAAGAUAAUUUCUUCUUCUCCUUCUUCUUUUAAGGUUUUUACUACUUUCUGAUGACCUCAAAAGUAACUUUAGAAUAUUACAUCUGUUCUAGAUGUUAUAUAUUAAAUGUAAUUCUUGUGUAGCAUCAUUUUGUGAUAAACGUCAGCUUGUCUGUGUGUGUGUAGUGACAUUGACGAUUUUAUGAAUGUUAUUGUCUGAAAAAGAAUGAAUUCAUGGUAAAAAAAAAUCGAAAACCAGAAAAGUGAAAGAAAUAUACAGAAAACGUGACUGAUUCUUUUUUCUUUUGGAUUUUUUCAUUCCUAUAAACCUACGGUGUAAUAAGUGUGAAUUAAACUAGGAUAAUUUCGCUUGGCAACGAGAAUCUGGAGAAAAAGAGAAGGAAAAUUGGGGACGCAUUCCGCUGCGCCUUUGUCAGGUGUCAUUUUUUUGUGACGUUGGGAAUUAUCUGAAAUAUACAAAGAAACAAUACGAUUAUAUAAUUCUUAAGAAGGUGAUAAAUCUCGACGAUGAGUUCCUGAAAAAAAAUGUGGUGAUGCCAAUAAAAGACGAGGAAUUAACUGUAAAUAAAGUAUAUAAUUGUUAGGGAAAUGGAUCGAUUAUUGAAAGAUUUUUUUGAACGGCUGUGAAUGUUUGCAGUGUUUCCCUUCGCCGAAAAGUCAGAGACAGUUACGUUCUUAUACUUCAUUACUGUUGUAUAGUUUAUGACAGAUUAGAUUCACUAUUUUACGGAUAUAUUUGUAAAUAAAAAACAGAUUUUAUGUAUAUGCUUCAGUGUAUAUAUUUGUGUAUAUAUCUAUGCGUGUA